AUGAGCUCCGGAAACUUGUCACCUAAAGAUACUAUUGUUCCAGAAGAACAAACAGCUCAACUGCGGCAAUCUGACCUGGACGAAGACAGCAUUAACUAUAAUCUGGAAGAGGAUGAAAUAGUACCUCUURAGACAAUCACUUCAUAUGCGUCGACCUUGGUAUCAGCAAAGGAGUAUUCCAAAAAGACAGACGAUAAAGUUACAGACAUUGAAAGCCAACCAAAUUGGGGAGAAACUACUUCGAGGGCUCACGACAGUGACAAUGAAAAAGAGGACACUGAAGAUGAGGCUGAUAGUUUCCCUGAAGGGGGGGCUAAGGCUUGGGUCGUUACGUUUGGUUGUUUCAUGGGAUUAAUUGCAUGCUUCGGCCUAUUAAAUUCAACAGGUGUCAUGGAAAGUCAUCUGCAAGACAAUCAAUUGGCUAAAGAAAGUGUUUCCACCAUUGGUUGGUUAUUCUCUAUAUUUCUUUUUGUCUGCUUUGCUUCGUGCAUCAUAAGUGGUACUUACUUCGACAGAAAUGGCUUUAGAACCAUCAUGAUUGUAGGGACUCUCUUCCAUGUGGCCGGUUUGUUUGCCACUGCUAACUCCACCAAAUACUGGCACUUUAUACUAUCCUUCGCUGUUGUCUGUGGGUUCGGUAACGGUAUCGUGCUAAGUCCCUUAGUGAGUGUCCCUGCCCAUUAUUUUUUCAAAAGACGUGGUACUGCUUUGGCGGUAGCCACCAUCGGUGGUAGUGUAGGCGGUGUCGUUUUUCCAAUCAUGUUGCGUAGCUUCUUCUCCAUGAAGUCAGACACUGACCCAAAUUACGGGUUUGUUUGGGGAAUUAGAACAUUGGGAUUUUUGGAUUUGGCUUUGUUAACCAUUUCAAUUAUCUUAGCCAAGGAAAGGUUGCCACACGCUAUUGAAGAGUCUAAAGAUGGGGAAUCACGAUUGAGAUACACCAUUAGAGUUUAUAUCGUACAAUGCUUUGAUGCGAAAGCCUUCCUUGACAUGAAAUAUUUGUUUUGUGUUCUAGGAACGGUAUUUGGUGAAUUGUCUAUAAACUCAGCUAUCACAUAUUAUGGUUCAUACGCUACCAGCCAUGGGAUUUCAGCAAAUGAUGCCUACACGUUGAUUAUGAUUAUAAACGUGUGUGGUAUCCCUGGGAGAUGGUUGCCUGGUUAUUUGAGUGACAAGUUCGGUAGAUUUAACGUCGCCAUUGCAACUUUGCUUGCACUGUUUAUCGUCAUGUUUGUUGGUUGGUUACCAUUUGGUACCAACCUAACCAACAUGUACGUUAUCAGUGCCUUAUAUGGAUUCUGUUCUGGAAGUGUCUUUUCCUUACUUCCUGUCUGCUGUGGACAAAUCUCUAAGACAGAGGAAUUCGGUAAACGUUACUCUACAAUGUACUUUGUUGUCGCUUUCGGUACACUGGUUGGUAUUCCAAUCACAGGCGCUAUCAUCUCUAACAAAACCACAGCAGAUUAUCAACACUACAUCAUUUUUUGUGGUUUAGCAACCUUUGUCAGCGCUGUCUGUUAUAUAAUUUCGAGAGCAUACUGCGUUGGUUUCAAAUGGGUCAGAUUUUAA